AUGUCUAAAUCCACCGAAUCUAAGUCUGAGCCCGAUGUCAUCUCCACCCAGGCUCCACAGCCAGAAUCUGGGGAAGUGCAUGAUGCUGUGUUCGGCGCUGUCACAACGGAUGGGCCUAAUUACCGUAAUGUGGGCUGGCUCGGGACGACUGCCCUCAUGAUGAAGACCCAGAUUGGGCUCGGGGUUCUCUCUAUGCCCGCGGUCUUUGAUACCUUGGGACUCAUCCCUGGCAUUAUCCUCCUGCUGACCAUCGCCGGCAUCACCACCUGGUCUGACUGGAUGGUGGGAGUCUUCAAGCUGCGUCACCACGAUGUCUACGGCAUCGAUGAUGUGGGUAAGCUCCUAUUCGGCCGGAUUGGAUAUGAGGCAUUCGGUGCAAUGUUUGCCUUGUACCUGAUCUUUGCUUCUGGCUCAGCUCUGCUCAGCAUCUCGAUUGCUUUUAACGCCUUAUCGAACCACGGCGCUUGCACUGCUGUUUUUGUAGUGGUUGCUGCUAUCAUUACCUUCCUCUUUUCGAGUAUCCAAACCCUCGGGCGUAUCACCAUGGUCGCCUGGCUUGGUGCAGGCUCCAUUAUCACUGGUGUCUUCGUUGUCACCAUCGCUGUGGGCCUCCAAGAUCGCCCGUCUGCGGCACCGCAGGAUGAUGUAGCCUGGAAGUCUGACUAUAAGCUUAUCGGCUCCCCGACUUUUCCGGAGGCUAUCUCGGCUGUUUCGACUCUAGUUUUCACGUAUGCAGGUACUCCAGCCUUCUUUAACAUCGUGGCUGAAAUGCGUGCCCCGCAACUUUACACCCGAGCCUUGAUCGUAUGUCAAACAACCGUCACAGUUGUGUAUAUCAUUUGCGCUACCAUCGUCUAUUAUUUCUGUGGAAGCUAUAUCUCCACACCUGCGCUCGGCUCUGCUGGCCCUUUGAUCAAAAAGGUCGCCUACGGCAUUGCCUUGCCCGGGUUGUGUGCUUCUGCGAUUCUUCUUUCUCAUAUUCCUUCCAAGCAUAUUUUCGUCCGCAUCCUGCGAGGAUCCAAGCAUCUGAGCUCCAACACUAUUACCCAUUGGGUAGUAUGGAUUGGAUCUACCUUCACGGUGUCCUUGGUCGCCUACCUCAUUGCUAGCGGAAUCCCCAUCUUUGGCGGCCUUGUUUCCCUUGUUGGUGCUCUGUUCGCCACCUUUCUAACUUUCCAGCCCAUGGGCUGUAUGUGGCUGUAUGACAACUGGAAGAGUAGCGAACGCGGUCUGAAGUGGAAAUGUGGUAUGGUCUGGAGUAUCUUUGUGAUCGUGUCGGGUACCUUCUUGAUGAUUGCGGGAACCUACGGAUCCAUCGUGGGUAUUAUUGCAUCGACUAAGGCCGAUGCGGGAUCCAGGCCGUGGUCGUGUGCCGACAACUCGAACUCUUCCUAG